AUGAAGAUGAGAGAAGCGGAAAGUCAACCUCAUGAUGGAAAACGGAAGCAAGAGUCAAUUUGGCCGAUCCUUCAGAUUCACCACCAGAAAUCCCGAUAUAUAUGGGAAGCAUAUAAGGACAAGCAGAUUUCCAGAGAACUAUACGAUUUUUGCAUAAAGAAUAAAAUAGCGGACAAAGAUUUAAUUGCCAUGUGGAAAAAGAAAGGGUACGAAAAACUAUGCUGUAUCGCGUGUGCGCAGAAUGGCGAACACAAUUUCCGCUCUACUUGCAUCUGUCGUGUUCCCAAGGCGAAUUUGCCUCCUGGCAAGGUCGUCGAGUGCGUAACAUGCGGCUGCCGUGGCUGCGCGAGUUGCGAUGGAAGCAAGGCGGUGGAGAUGAGUGUGGAUGUUGAUGUGUAG